AUGAAUUCUGUGAUGGCAAGCUAUUAUAAGACUUUAGACUCGCAAGAGACAGUUCCAAGAGAACCUCACCGUAUGUCUCACACAAUAAAAGAUAGUAUUAAUAGUAGUAAUGAUAAUAUUCCAUUUGAUAGAAGAACAAGUACUAUUUCUGAUCAUAAUAAAAAUGAUAGUAUAAUAUUACCGCCAAUUUCUUCAAUAAUCCCAAAUCAAACAAGUACAUCUAAUGAAAAGAAAGAUAUUAUUUAUUCUUCUCCAUCAGAUAAACCAAAUAAUAGUAUGAUCAAUACUUCUAUGGAGCAAGCUGUGCAAACUCCACGCAGUAUGGUGCAAUCCAAAGAACUCUCGUCACAAAGUCUUACUCAGGAUUUUAAUAAUAAUAAUAAUACUAUGAAAUACUAUCAACGUGAUUCUAUAGCAAGUCCAUAUUCAAAUCCAUUACAACAGCCCAUCCAAAUGGUCCCCGCUUAUGGUUUACAUCUUCAACAGGAUCCACAGCAGCAAGGAAGAUUUUUCCACGUAUAUUCUCAACCAACAGUACCUAUUGAGGCACAAUUACCACAACUGCAAAUACAGCAGCAACAGGCACUGCAAGCACAGGCACAAUAUCAACAGAUGUCACAGCAAGGUCAAUACCCAAUUAGAAUACGACCAACUCAUGAUCCACAUAGAAUGUCACCUUCAGAACCAUACCUCUAUGGACAAAGUGGAUAUUUCAUUACUCCAACAAAUUCUGUCAAUAGAGCAGCUACUAUGGGAAAUAUUCCCCAUCAGCAAGCAACAACAGUCAUACCUGAUGUCCAGAGACAAGCACAAUUUUCUAAUGUGUAUCCAUCGGGCCUGCCAACACCUGCAACGAUUCAAUCAAACUUGAGUUUAGCUAUACGACUACGCAAACAAUGUCCAGUGUGUGGGAAGAUCUGUUCAAGACCUUCUACUUUAAAAACGCACUACUUAAUUCAUACUGGUGAUACUCCUUUCAAAUGUCCUUGGAAAGGCUGUACCAAGUCGUUUAAUGUCAAGAGUAAUAUGUUGAGACAUUUCAAAAGCCACGAAAAGAAGGCCGCCUCAAAGAAAGAAACUGAAGGAUUACAUGAUUCCUUUGAAAGCAGCUGA